AUGAAUCUAUUUGUAAAUGAUGAUGAAUCAGAUGAUAACAAUAAUGACAACGUCAGAAAUAAUAUAGUAUCAGAUAGGAUACCUCCUAGUUCCAGAUCCAAUAAUCAAACAAAUAGAACAACAUCAUUUACAGCAUCAACAAAUCAGAUUAUUCAUUUAGCAGAUAUAUUAACCAGUAUUACAACCAUACAUAAUAAUGCUAUAAUAAUAAUAAAGAAAGAUGGUAUAUCGAUACAUGCUACUUAUAAUCAUAUAACGAAUGUACUGGCUACUUUAGAUCCUAAUAUCUUUUCGCUAUAUAAAUUAAUUGGUGAUGAAGAAGAAUUACAAUUAGGAGUUGAUUUAAAUAUCAUUUCACAAUGUUUUAAUUCAGUUGCCAAUAACUUGACUAAGAAAGAUGACAUGAAUGAUGGUUCCACUGGUGGGAGUAAUAUAAAUUGUUACAUUUCAUAUAAUGGACUUGGUUCACCAUUAAUUAUUGAAUUUGAAGAUAAUUUAAUAUCUGAAAAGUUAGAAUUUUAUACAUUUUAUAUUGAUGAUGAUGAUAUUAUCAAUUCUGAUAUUUCAAUUAAUUAUCAAAAUUUGGCAAUGGAAUUAUUAGUUAAAUCAGAUAUCUUGUAUAAUUUAUUAACUGAUUUAAAUCAAAUUCAAACUCAAGAUUUAUUCAUAUAUGCCGCUAGUGCAACCACUACAUCUACCCAUCCACAAUUACAUUUUAUAAGUAAUGGACCAAUUGGAACAUCCAAAUUAAUAUUCCCCAAUGAAAAAACCAUAAUUGAAAAAUUAUUAAUUCAUCAAGGUCAAUCAUUCAUAAUUUCAAAAUUUAAUUAUAUAACCUUCUACAAGAUUGCAAAAGCAGUUAAAUUAAGUUCAAAAGCAAAAAUAUUAAAAGAUUCAAUGGGGAAUUUUAAUAUUCAAUUAUUAAUUAAAAAUCCAGCGAGAUUAGCAAAUAGUAAUGGAAGUUUAAUAAGUUUUAAUAUGUUAGAAUUGGAUCAAGAUAAUAAUGAAUAUAUGUUGGAAUAUAUCUUGGACGAAUUACAACAACAACCGGAAGAUUAUGAAAGCCAAUUAACAAGAAGUAGAUCGAAUUUAGGUCACCCACCACUACCACCACCACAACAACAACUGGUUAUUUUACCUACUCAAGUUAUUCCACAAUUGAGAAAUCCACUUUCAUUGGAUUCAUUUAGAACUCAAGGGAUUUCUCAACCUCCUGUACAUAUACAAAAUGCAGGAGUACAAGUAACAGCCACUGUCUAUGAUCACAAUAAAAAGAGAAGACGAGAUGAAGAAGAGGAAGAUAAGGAUGAACUGAUUAAGAAUGUAGGAGGAGCAGUAGAAAUUCCAUUGUUUUUAUAG